CUGCCGCCCUCCUCCAUGGCGCGGCUUGCCAAAAAACCACGUCGGCUUCGAAACGGCCCCUGGGACGGGCUGUCGAAAGGGGCCACGGACCGCACGGAGAGCGGCAGGCGGCAGCACCGCGUGGCGCUCAGCGCGGCGGGUGGAUCGGCGGGGCCGCCGCGCCGAGAGGAGGACCGGCCCCGGCGGCCCCUUGUCGUGCGUGCUGUGGGAAGCGCGGAGUCGCUCGGGCGAAGGCUGAGAGGGGCUUGUGGGACGGCCAUGGCACCGCUGAGGGACUGCAAGGCCUGGCAGGACGCUGGACUUGGGCUGUCGACCGCUAGCAACGAAGCCUGUAAGCUAUUUGAUGCUGCGCUAAGCCAGUAUGCAACGUGGCGCAACGAUGAGAAUCUAGGAGGUAUUGAAGGGUGUCUUUCCAAGUUAAAGGCUGCAGAUCCAAAUUUUGUCAUGGGACAUGUCAUUGCUAACGGAUUGGAGCUUAUUGGCACUGGAAGCUCAGUGCGGCUCAACAGAGAUCUGGGCAGUGCGCUGAAAACAAUGAUGACGCUGUCGAGAUCUCAGCCUCUGACUGAGCGGGAGAAGCUUCACGUAUUGGCCUUGGACAUGUUUGCCAGUGGACAGCUUCCAAAAGCUUGUGAUGUAUGGGAACAGAUUCUACAGAACCAUCCGGCUGACUUGCUAGCCCUCAAAUUUUCCCAUGACACUUAUUUCUACUUAGGAUAUCAAAUACAAAUGCGAGAUUCUGUUGCUCGUGUUUUUCCUUUCUGGACACCCGACGUUCCUCUGAGCAGCUACGUGAAAGGCUUCUACUCUUUUGGACUCAUGGAAACAAACUUUUUUGAUCGUGCAGAGAAGCUUGCCCGUGAGGCUUUGGAUAUAGAGCGGACAGAUGCGUGGUCUGUUCAUACUGUAGCUCACGUAAAUGAAAUGAAAGCAGAGGUGGAGAAAGGGUUGGCGUUCAUGAAGGAAACAGAAGACAACUGGAAGGGCAGUGAUAUGCUUGCUUGCCACAAUUACUGGCACUGGGCUUUAUACUUUAUGGAAAAGGGGGAACAUGAGGCCGCUUUGACAAUUUAUGACAACCAUAUAGCUCCCCGGUUCCUGUCAAGCGGAAGCAUGCUGGAUUUAGUAGAUAGCUCUUCGAUGCUGUACAGGCUUCAUCUGGAAGGUGUGAAGCUUGGAGACAGGUGGGACAAUGUCCUGAAGCGUGCAAAGCAGCACAGCAAAGACCACGUUCUUCUUUUCAAUGAUGCACACGUGUUGAUGUCCUCCCUUGGAGCCAAAGACCACAAAACUACGAAUGAGCUUUUAACAACUCUUCAAGAACUUGCCAAAGAACCUGGCGAAGACCACGAGCUUUCUCUGGCUCCCAGUGUGGGGUUGCCAUUACUGCAGGCUUUGGUGGAGUUUGAGAAUGGGAACUGUGACAAAGCUGUCGAUCUGCUGUACCCGAUCCGUUACCAACUGAUCCAGCUAGGAGGCAGUAAUGCUCAGAGGGAUGUUUUCAGCCAGCUGUUGAUUCAUGCUGCUUUAAAUUGCAAAUCCCAAGCCAAACAAAACCUCGCUAAGUGCCUCCUGAGAGAGCGUGAUGUGAUGAGACCAAAUUCACCAAUGACAGAGCGACUCAUAAGGAGGGCAGCGGCUGUUCAUUCAGUGGCAUAAAUCUGUCCUCACUGCUAGCAAUAAGCUCAUCAAUCGAAGUCCGGGUGCUUUGGGUGGAGGGAUGCAGUGCUGUAAAGCAUGCUGGAGAAUCCCUAGGAGCGAGAGAUCUGAUGACAGCUGACUUGGAAGAUACAACCUGAAAUGCAACAGCUUUAAAUCCUGGAUGAUUCCACUAGGAAAUUAGAAGAUCACCUGCUUGUAAUGCACAGCUACCUGAAUCUUCCUGGGACACCGUUUUCUAGUAGAGUUUCUGUGCAGCUCCCUCUGAGCGUGCUCAUAUUCAGUACAGUAGCAAUGCCAGGCUUUCUGUCCUUCAUUGGCCCAGUUUGUUACUUCGUGAAAGUAUGUUAAAUAAUCAGUAAACUUUCCAGACAAUUCAAACGUUUAUGUUACAGAUGUAGACAAACAUCUUUUGAGACAGAUACAUACAAGUAAGCACGCUUAAUAAGAAAUUUAUUUAGUGGUAAGGAAAUUAAGACUAUCAGCAGGUGGGGGAAGAGGGCUUAGUGCAAAAUUAUUAUGGUACAUAGUUGCAGACUUCUUGGAGACAGCGUGGCUCAUGUGUUAGCUGGUCGGUAAAAGGAAAAAACAGAAAGAGCAGGUAAAAGGAGUUCUCUUCAGCAGGCACUGAGAACAGGAACGCUACAGAACACUCAAUGGCCCCCUCUCUCUACAUUCUGGAAAAAUAAGUAAUAAUAAAAAAAAAAAAUCCCCAGCCAUCCCAAGGUUUGCACCCUUUAUGGCAUGUUUGGUUCAGUGACUUUUUGGAAGUAAAAUUUCCUGCUUCAGUAACUCAGCUGUUAGGAGAGCCUCGGUUGUAAAAGACCAGCUAUGUGGAUCGCGCAAGCGUGAAUUAAUGCAUACCACAAAAGCAGGUUGCCCAGGUAUGCACGGCAGGCCAUUAGGGCCCAUGUCUGAGGCCAUUUCCACGUCUGCCUGCAGAAGCACAGUGAAUGUUGGAUCUCUGUCAUGCCACUGAGCAGUGCUGGCACAGGAAGCAGCAGUACCAUUGGAUCUUCCUUUCCACCCACCCCAAAAUUAAUCUAUCGUCUUUCCUGGUUUUUUGGUGUUUGUUUGUUUGUUUGUUUUUUUCCUCCAUCUCCCUCAUUACUCUUCCUUCUUCUGCUCUUCAACAGCUUUUUCUAGGUGGAGCACAAUGUUUAUUACAUCGUGAUUAUCACCCACCCUAAUUAUUCUAUAGGAAAAAUGGUCCAUACAUUGAAAGAAGACAAAUUUGUUGCUCUUCUCGCUGCAGUUACAGGGACUUGGAGGAGAAUAGCUGACACGAGACCAACCAAAUGAACACGCUGAAUGGAACAUAAGUUCUGGAUUACAGCUAUUCCUUGCCAAAAAAAAAAGGCAAAACAGAUCUGAGGUUUAAUUUCAGUACAUCUCCCUUCUGGUACAGACAAAAAAGCAUGCUACAGCCAUAUUUUACCCUGUCCUGAACUGAUUUUCUCUUCCCUCUGCUACUGCUCCCUGUUACAGCUUUGUUAGAUUUAUAACCAUGGUGAAGAUAGUAAGGCUCUAUUAAUAUGUAAGCUAUUCUGCUUCCCCUUAGUUGUCCCUUAAGAAAAGUUAUGGAGGACCACAUGUACCAGUCAAAGUGUCAGCAUGGUUAAAUACAACCUAAACUUAGCAUGACACUUUUCAACAGCACAACACUAGGAACACCAAGAUUUCGUGGAAAUACGGGAGGAGGGGAACAGUGUAUCAGAUAAUAAGACACUGCAACUUGACAUAAUCCUGAAAGAAGUAAAUAUAGCUUUGGUGAUUUA